AUGUAUUUCGCCACCGUUCUUGCCCUUGCUGCCGCCGCAGUCUCGGCAUCGCCAGUUGAGCGCAGAGCCCAGACAGUCGCUGUGCCUUUGAAGCAUGUCUCCAACUUCACGUCAAUCAAGAAUGUCGUCAGCAAAGGAAAGGCCCGUCUCAACGCAAUCAACGGUAUCAAUUCCGUCGGCGUUACUGCUGCGGUUAGCUCUGGCUCGGUCACUAACGAAGAUGUCACCUACGUCGCCCCGGUUGUGAUUGGUGGUAAAACCUGGGAGCUCAUCGUCGACACUGGGUCUUCAAACACCUGGUGCGGUGCGCAGACAUCGUGUGAGAAGACUUCGACUGGCAAGUCUACCGGCGGCUCUGUCGAAGUUAGCUACGGCAGCGGCUCGUUCUCUGGCACCGAGUAUACAGACACGGUCACCUUCGCUGGCCUCACUGUCACAAAACAGUCGAUCGGCGCUGCUUCUCAAGCCUCUGGAUUCGACGGUGUCGAUGGUAUUAUCGGUUUCGGCCCAGUCGAUCUGACUGAGGAUACUGUCUCCAACGCAAACACCGUUCCAACUUUCAUGGACAACCUUUACAGCCAGGGCUCUAUCUCGACUGAAGUCCUCGGUGUUUCCUUCAGACCCGAAUCCGGAAGCGACACCGAUGACACCAACGGCGAACUGACUCUGGGUGGUACUGAUAGCACUAAGUACUCUGGAACCCUCACCUACUUCCCGAAGCUUACGAGCGGUGAUGCUUCGGCCUACUGGGGUAUUGCGGUCGCUGAGUUCAGCAUCGGCUCGACCAACCUCGGAACUGCCUCUGGCAUUGUUGACACCGGAACCACUUUGAUCUACAUCCCAACUUCAGCCUACAACAAAUUCCUCUCUGCCACCGGUGGCAAGACCGAUAGCUCAUCUGGCCUUGCCGAAUUCAGCACAGCUCCGACCGCGACCUUCGGUAUCAAGUUUGGGUCGACCACUUACACCCUCACCCCCUCGCAAUAUCUUGUCCCAACUGCCCAGUACAGCUACUACGGCCUCACCUCUGGCAAGUACUACGCCUGGAUCAACGACGGUGGCAGCUCGGGUGUGGACUGCAUCAUUGGCCAGAAGUUCUUGGAGCAGUACUACGCAGUCUUUGACACCACCAACUCUCGCAUUGGCUUCGCUACCGGUGUUUAA